AUGAAUAUUAAAAAUAUUAUUAUAAUUUUCUUUUUAUUAAAAGUAGUUGUGUAUUCACAAUCAGAAAACAAAUGUUUGGAUGCCAAUGGAUUCACUACUAGCUAUAGUAUUUCAUCUUUUAAUACUAUAUUUCCGGAUGGAAAUCAUCAAGUUGAAAUGUCUUUCUUUGAAAUGGGAAAUACUUCAUUAGAUCUCGAAGGACAACGUCAAAGAGUGGAUUAUUUAGUAGUAAUGCCAGGAGGAGUUAGCUUAAUAGGAAGUUAUUGGGCUUUUGGUAAAACUAAUCAAUUUUAUGAACUUGUAAAUGGAGAAUGUACUCUAUCUCAAUUGGAAUUUACUCUCCCAAGUUCAUAUCCAAUCAACGAUACCAAAAACAUUGGAACAACUAAGAUUGGUCAAUUCCCAACAGAUAUCUAUAUUCUCGAUGAAAUUGCUUCUCCAGUCAUCCAAACUAUCCUCUAUGAUAUAAAACAAUGUGCAAUGGUUUCUAGUAUUAUUAACAACAAAGAUAUUACUAACCCUGGUUUUGCUACAAUGAAUUACUUAAACUUUGAAAAUUCAUAUACAGAGUCAUGGUUUGAUUUACCAAACGAAUGUAUUUCUCAAGUUAACAGAGUAAAAUCUGAAUAUAAAUCAAUUUCAAAUGUCCAUAAACUAUUUUAA